CCUUUGCAGAUCAAGUAUUUGUAAUUAGGAGAUAGAAAUGGCUCAAGGAACAUUAGAAGUUGUUCUUGUUAAUGCCAAAGGUCUUGAAAACACAGAUUUUCUAAAUAACAUGGAUCCGUAUGUGAUUCUCAAUUAUAGAAGCCAGAAGCAGAAAAGCAGCAUUGCAUCAGGACAAGGAUCUACACCAGAAUGGAACGAGACUUUUGUGUUCAAUGUAAAUUCUGGAGGGGCUGAUCUAAUUCUUAAAAUUAUGGACAGUGAUUAUGGAACUGAGGAUGAUUGUGUUGGAGAAGCUGUUAUACCAUUGGAAGCAGCUUUACAUGAAGGGAGGAUUCCAACUACAUCAUACAAUGUGGUCAAGGAUCAAGUAUUUUGUGGACAGAUCAGAGUCGGUCUCUCCUUUACUCGCGAGGCUCAUCGUCGUGAUCGUGGAAUGCAAGCAGAAGAAGAAAGCUAUGGUGGAUGGAAACACUCUUCAUGAUUCUUAAAUAAAUCAACCAAGUCCAUCCAAACACCCACCCUCUUUUGUUUACUCUAUAGGGAUGUGAUCUUGUAAUCAUCUUUAAUUUACUGUUUUGGUUUCAUGUAGUAUAAUAAUUAUUACUACUUACUAAUCUUUUAA